ACAGAGUGCAUGCGCAAACAUCGAAGAGAGUGACUGUCAGGCAGUUUUGUGGGGAGAAAAAAACGAAUUGAUGGACCUCAACCUUGGACCCCAGUCAAAAUGUAGGCUACCCACGAUUAAUGCCUAACCAACAAUGAGGAGGUGGACACGAAGAGAGAUAACCGGCUUGGUCUAUGACAGAGCCUGAAGAGGACUCCAUGGACAGCUGUUCUGGCACAUUACACAUCACACCGGAGAUGGACUAAACCCAGAUAGCCUUAGUCAACACUUUCUCUGCACUAUAGACAUCACCUCAUCUGACAUGAUCAAUGCUCUAAAUACAGAUGCUGCGACAGCCAGUGGAUGGAUUAAUGCCAGCGAGACUGAGUGGGGUGUAGUCCAUGCUAACCAUGGGAAGUGAGCCGCCACAAGCCGUCGCCAGGCUGUUUGCCUGGGUAAAUGGCAUGUCCAAGUGUGAGCUGAUUGAGCUGAAAGACCUCAGCCUGAAUGAUCGCAUUGAGCUGGCACCAGACCCACCAGCCUCUCUGCCCCCAGCAGCGCCCCUGACCCCCAGGCAGAUGAGGGCUCCGGAGAGGCCCAGCCACGUGGUCCGGCUGGUGGGGGACAGUGUGAGUGUUGAGGGGCCCUCGUGGUUCACAGGUCAGGUUGGAAAGGGACAUGACUUUCAGCCCUGCAGUUAUACCCAGAUCAGCUGGUGCGAUUUGUGUGGUGAAUUCAUCUGGGGCCUUUACAAACAGAGCCUGAGCUGUGCUAAUGGCCUACCGCUAACCGGGACGACACUGGGCCAUGGGAUUACCAAUCACGGAUGGCUGUGAUACAACCUGGAAUUGAACCAGGGUCUGUAGUGAUGCCUAGCACUGAGAUGCAGUGCCUUAGACUGCUGCACCACUCAGAAGCCCCCUACAAAGGAGAGUUUUACAAGCUACCAAUUACUUCACAAUGGAAGAAGUUAAGAUACACUAAAUCUACCCUUUAGAGAAAUAGAGUUUACUUAACUAAAGUUACUUUGAAAAAGUAGCUUACCACAUCCAAACUACUUCAUGAAAAAUUAUCACAUGUAAAUCUGAAAUUUGAUAGACUACAAACACUUCACUUUGGGGUCAUAUGUUAACAGAAUGUGUCAUUUACCCUGUUAAACACAACAGUUAUGUUUCAAGUGAGAACCAGGCACGUCUGAUGCCAAAAAAAGAAAGGAAAUGAUUGCCUACUUCAACAAUAUUUUAUUUUAUUAAAAAAAAAAGUUGUUUGUAGUUCCAGUAGGUAGCUACACCGCUACAUGGCAAAAAAAAGUAGUUAACUACUGAAAACACUACCUAGAUUUCAUUUUAGUUCAACUACUACCAAACGACUGCAAAAUGUAGUUAAAUUACUAGUUGAACUUCAUGUAGUUUACUACCUUAGAACACUGACCCUAGAACAUCGAUACAUGCUGAAGAGACUCCUCAUUCACGGUUGAUGUGGUGGACAGAAUCAACAGCAGGGGGCAGUGACGACAUACAUUUACUGUGCUGCUGCUGACCCCAAAUGCCACACGAUCAUGAGAAGGCUGGGAGGGUGAAUUCAGUUAACUUAACACCUUAGUUUCCAUCCACAAGAUGAAUGACGAUUGGCAGAAUAAACCGAUUUGAGGCAAAAUGGUUGAUCCGAAAUGUGUGAAUGAUAAUGGUUGAAGCAAUCAACCGUCCUCUAGUCCUCACAUGUCAGCCAUCUCCCUCUCUCUCUCUCUCUCUCUCUCUCUCUCUCUCUUUCUCUCUCCCUCGCUCUGUCUUCUCUGUCCCCAAAGACUGCAGUUACACCUGUCACUUCCAGUGUCGACCGUUUAUCCAGUUGGAUUGCAGCACCGAUAGUAGACUCCUCACUACAGACCAAACAGAUGUUUCUGAAGACACCGUAGAGACAGACACUAAUGUGGAUGUGAUUGAACCUAUUGACUGGGGGAAACAAGUGCUGUCUGUCGGUGACAUCCAGCAGAAGGUGAAGGAAUAUAAUGCGCAGAUCAACAGCAAUCUCUACAUGGUGCUGAACCGAGACGGAUCCUACACUGGCUUCAUCAGGGUCCUUUUUAAGCUGACUCGGCCCGUGUCACUCCCACCCCCUCGGAAGGCGUCUUCACCACAGGAAGAGGGACAACAGGAGGGGGGGCUUAAGCACCGGACAUCUUUCUACCUCCCCAAAGACACGGCCAAACACCUGCACAUAAGCUCCCAGACGCGGGCACGUGAGGUCAUAGAGGCCCUGCUCAACAAGUUCACCGUGGUGGACAACCCUGCCAAGUUUGCUCUGUUUGAGCGCAGCGAACGUGAAAACCAGAUAUACCUUCGUAAGCUGUCUGAUGACGAGAGGCCGCUCCACCUGCGUCUGUGUGCCGGACCCAAUGAGAAAGUCCUCAGUCUGGUGUUGAAAGAGAAUGAGACGGGGGAGGUCAAUUGGGAUGCAUUCAGCUUUCCUGAGCUGUGUAAUUUCCUGCGGAUCCUUCAGCGUGAGGAAGAGGAGCACGUCCGGCAGAUAGUCAAGCGCUACGCUCUGGCCAGGGAUAGGAUGAAGGAGGCCAUGGCCAGCAUCACCACCCCUGGCUGAUGUGAUGGCAUGAUGGGUGACAUCAUGGUAGAGAGGCAUACACACUGUUGACCAGCGGCCACCAGGAGCAUGGCACACAAUGCCACUCUUGAGUUCAAAGUUCAAAUGUCUUUAGUGCUGACCCUGCUGUAGCAGAUAGAGCACAGCAACCCCUGCAGCUGUGAAGGGCAACUAGGGCCAAUAGGGGGUUAGGUAGGGGGCGACACCGGAAGUCAGAGAUCAAUCAUGAACACGUCUUUGAGACAGACAAGGUAAUAGCAGUGCAAGUUAGGAGAGAGAGUAGAGGUAUUUAGUGCAAACCAGUAGGCUACUGCUACGUGUUGUGUGGCCUGGAUUGGGCAUUACUGUGAAGGACAGGAGGAAGUUAUCUGAGGAAUGAGAACAGACGAUACUGUCAUUGACUGGACACCUAGGAGAUAUCCUGGUCUGAACACUGCUUAACUGGAGAACUGGAGUUUUUCACUGGGAACAAUGUAUGUUGCUGCUCAGUUGUUGUGGGGGGAUUGGGUAAAUAAAGAUGUAACUGUAUUGAGCUGUUGUUACUCUCAUAUUUCCCCUUUGUCGUUAAUAACGGGAUCCUUGAAUGUGUCUGACAUGUCAAUCUGUUGCAGACCAGGGUUGUGUUCAAUAGGGCAUACUGCAGCAAAAUGUUUUGCAAUUGAAAACAAAAUUCUGUGUUCUUAUUGGGACAGUUUAGGUCUCUCCCCGUUUCAAAAACGUCUUCUUCCUACUGAACAUGGCCCAGCUUUCUGGGAAGCCAUCUGCCCUAAUUACUCAAAGAAAUCCUGUGAACUUUUAAUUAGCCUGUAAUGCAUGUUUUACUAUGGGAAUUAAAUAUCUAGGGAACAGAAUCUAUGUUAUAAUGUGUUCAUACUUCUAAUAAAAAUAUAACACAUUAA